AUGGAUAAAGAUUCAUUAUUACAAGCAUUAAAUGGUACAUUAGAUUCAAAUAGACAAAUUAGAAAAUCAAGUGAACAAUCAUUACAUGUUUAUGAACAACAAUCAGGAUUUACAAAUUAUUUAUUAGAUUUGAUAAUUGAAGAUGAUAUACAAUUGGGUAUUAAAAUUGCAGCAGCAAUAUUUUUCAAAAAUAGAAUUAUAAAUUAUUGGAUUAUACCUGAUAAUACAAAAGAAUCAAGUUCAUAUUUUAUAUUAGAAGAUGAAAAAUCAUUAAUUAGAAAUAAUUUAGUUAAAACAUUAAUGAAAACUUAUAAGAUAUAUCAAAUUAAAUUUUCAUUAGCAACUGCAUUAAAUAAUAUACUAAGUCAUGAUAAAUGGGAAGAAAUGAUACCGUUAAUAUCAAAGUUAAUAACAUCUCAAGAUAAAGAUCAAAUUUUUACUGGAUUAAUUUGUUUAUAUGAAUAUGUUAAAAAUUAUAGAUGGGAUGGAAUUGAACUGAAAAAUUUUAUAAAUCCAGUAAUGGAAGAUAUUACAAAAGAAUUGUUUCCCUUGAUAGAACAAUUAGCACAAACUUUAAUUAAUAAUAAUAGUAAUACUGAUCAAUCAAAUGAUGAAAUGUUAUAUUUAAUUAUCAAAAUAUUCAAAAAUGCAACCUUUUCAACUUUACCAACUUACUUAUUAGACGUAAAUAAAUUAGGUUUAUGGUGUCAAAUUCAUAUAAUGAUUAUUAAUAAAGAUUUACCAAAAGAAAUAUUGGAAGAAGAUAUAAUAGAAGAAAGAGCCAAAAAUCCAAGAAUUAAAACAGUGAAAUGGUGUUUUGCAAAUUUAAAUAGACUAUUAAACAGACAUGGUGGUGGAUAUCUCACUAAAAAUCAAAGUGAAUUUACCUCAAAUUUUUUAACAAAUUUUGUACCAGAAAUUUUGAAUGCAUACUGGAAAAUUAUUGAAAAAUGGUCAUCCAAAAAGAUUUGGUUAAGUGAAGCAUCAUUAUAUUAUAUGAUUUCAUUUCUAGAUAAUGUUAUUGAAACACCGUGCUGGCCAUUGGUUCAUGAAAAGUUAGAUGCUAUUAUAAGACAUUUAAUUUUACCCUCGUUACAAGCAAGUGAAGUAAGUGUUGAAUUAUACGAAGAUGAUCCAUAUGAAUAUAUUAGAAGGUACUUUGAUGUUAAUAGAGAACAAAAAAGUAGUGAUGUUGCAUCCAUCAAUUUUAUUCAUAGACUUUCAAAUAAGAAAUUUGAUCUGACUAUAAAUUUGAUAUUCAAUAUUAUAAACGAAAUAUUCACCAAAAGAGUGAACGAUCAAAAUAAUUUAGAAAUUGCAAUGCAAACUGAAGGAGCAUUAAGAAUUUUAUCAACAGUGUCUAAUGAGUUGGAUAGAGAAUCAUCUCCAUGUCAUGGUCAAAUUGAUAAAGUUUUGGAAACAUAUAUAUAUCCAGAAUUAAAUAACUCCGAUAAAACCCCAUGGCUUACAGCAAGAACAUGUGAUGCAAUUGCAAUGUUUCACAAUCAUACAUAUAAAGACUCUCAAGUACUACAAAAGAUUUUUCAAGAUGUUAUUAGGUGUUUCCAAAAUGAAUCACAAUUUCCUAUACAAUUAACUGCAGCAGAUGCUUUAGCUACUUUAGUUCAAGAAGAUUUAGUUGCACAACAUGUAGCAGGUCAAGCACCUCAAUUAAUGGAGAACUUAUUGGAGAAAUCCAAGAAAUAUGAGAGUGAUAUAUUAACUCAUGUAAUGGAUACAUUCGUUGAGAGAUUUGCUAAAAAUUUAGAACCAUAUGCGGUAGAAUUAGGUACUAAAUUAUCUGAUCAAUUUUUAAGAUUAUGUAAUGAAAUCUUGGAACAAAGUUCAAAUGGUCAUGUUGAUACUGAUAAAGAAUAUCAAGCAGGUGGGUUAUUAAGUACUUUAACUACACUAGUGAUAUCCAUGUCAAAUGCAUCUGAAGUUGGAGAAAGUUUGGAAAAAGUGCUAAAAGAUUUGAUAAACUUUGUGUUGGAAAAUGCAAUGGUUAUGUUUUUAUCAGACAUUGUGGAAAUAAUGGAAUCAUUAUUAUAUUUAAGACAAGAAGUUUCAGAAAUAAUGUGGUCAAUGUUUCAAAGUGUAAUAGACGCUUUUGAUACUUAUGCUUUUGAAUAUUUCGAUUCUUUCCAACCAUUCUUCACGGCGAUAAUAAAUAAAGGUUUUACUAAUCCACAAAUUAAUAUGAACAGUCCUUAUGUUCAAUCAUUAUUAAAUGUUUGUUUUGGAGUACUAAAGCAAGCUGACAUGGAACCAAUUUUUGCACAUGCUGCAUUUGAAGAUAUCGAGUUAACUGUAUUGGCAUUAAACUCCAGAUUUACUGAAUUUUUACCAAAAUUAUUACCCGAAAUUUUUGAGAUUUAUCAAUCAUUAGAUGAGCAAGAUGCAUUUGACGGUUAUAUGUUACACAGAUUAUCAUUAUUAAGAAUUUUGUUUGCAUCAAUUUAUAUAGAUCCAAUAACUUCAUUAUCAUUUAUAUCUUCACAAAAUUUUAUGAUUGAAUUCUACAAAUUAUGGAUCAAAUACAGUGAUGAUUUUCAAAGUGUUUAUGGAUGUAAAUUACAAUUAUUAUGUGCAAUUUCAAUUGUUAAAAGUGAUGCUAUAAAAAACAUACCAGAAGAUUUAAUAGGAGAAACAGUCGAUCUAUUAUUAAGUAAUCUUAUUGCAUUACCAAAUGCAAUCAAAACCAAAAAUGCAAUUUUAUCAAAUGAAACAAGUCAAAAGGAUCAAAUUAAAAAUGAAAACUCCACAAAUGAAAAUUUAGAACAAGCAAUAGAAGAUCAAUAUGAAUUAGAUGAAGCAGAAAUGGAAGCAUUGAAAGAAACCCCGAUUGAUAAAAUUAAUGGAUUCGAAGAAUUUGCAAAUAGUUUUCUUUCAAUUCAACAAAAUGAUCAACAGAAAUAUCAAGUAUUAUUUAAUGAUUUAGAUGAUAAUAAAAAAGAAAUUAUACAAGAAUUAAUUAGAGUCACUCAACAGACUAAAUAA